AUGGAUGUCAAGAAUGCUUUUUUGCAUGGAGAAUUACAUGAGGAGGUCUAUAUGAAGCAGCCUGGAGGAUUUGAACAUCCUGAGUAUCCCAAUCAUGUGUGCAAACUGCUCAAAUCUCUAUAUGGCUUAAAGCAGGCUCCUAGAGCUUGGAAUGAUAAGUUCACUGCUUUUCUUCCUGCCCUAGGCUUCACAUCUUCUUAUGCAGACCCUUCUCUUUUUGUUAAGAUUACUGGUUCAUCCAAAGUCUACCUACUUCUGUAUGUGGAUGAUAUCAUUAUCACUGGAAAUAGUGAAGCUCUAAUUGCGGAGGUCAAGACACAGUUACAAACUGAGUUUGAAAUGAAGGAUUUGGGUGAUCUGCAUUAUUUCUUGGGUCUGGAGAUCAAGUAUGUCACAAAUGGUCUAUUUGUUUCUCGGUAUAAAUAUGCCAAGGAUCUGUUACCCAAAGCUGGUCUAAAUGAUUGUCACACUCAUCUUACUCCAUGUCAAUCUGGUGUUAAGCUACUGAAAGAUGUUGGCACUCCUCUCUCUUCUCAGGAUAUUGCUCACUUUAGAAGUUUAGUUGGCUGCCUGCAAUAUCUUACUUUCACUAGACCAGAUAUAGCUUAUAGUGUUAAUAGCAUCUGCCAAUUCCUCCAGGCACCAACUGAGGAUCAUCUUCAUGCAGCCAAACGUGUACUUAGAUAUAUUAGGGGCACUUUGGAUCAUGGCAUUGUCUUUAGGAGGGGUGUUAGUCCAGGGAUUCCAUUGACACUGCAAGCACAUGGUGAUGUUGAUCCCCUUGUAAAUCUUCAAGCCUAUAGUGAUGCAGACUGGGCUGGAGAUCCUAAUGACCGCAAGUUUACCACAGGGUCUGUUAUUUUACUCAACCAAUUCUCCAUUUCUUGGUAUAGUAAAAAGCAAGCUGCUGUAUCCAGAUCAUCAACUGAGGCAGAAUAUCGAAGUAUGGCACAUACUACUUCUGAGCUCCAGUGGCUUAUACACUUGCUUCAAGAUCUGCAUAUUAAACUUAGUCCGUACCUACUCUCCAUUGUGAUAAUAUUUCAGCACUAG